AUGCCCAAACUCAUCCUGAAAGGCCCUCGCCGCCGCGAAUCCGAACGAGUCAAGACCCAGAGCAAUUCUGCCACUCCUAGCCAGUCUGGAUCCACACGUGAUGACGUCUCACAGAGGGAGACGACUAGGAGCUCAUCUCGUAGCCGGGCCCCGUCUCACGCGUCUCACGCAUCUGCAGCUGGUGAUGGACAUGCCGGCACUACAAACCAAUCACCGCCCUUUUUCCCCGAAGGCGACAAUAUUGUAGUCCGCCCGAAACAGCCCCCGGCUAGCAACGGCCGUGGAGCGUCGCAGACUGGAAUCUCUCAGAGGCAUACUCCUACCAUCGCUGAACCCGCCGCGCGGGGUAGAAAUCUCUCUCGCUCGCUUGCGAAGCCCAACCGCCCAUGGGGUUCCAAAGGCAAGGCACCAGCUCGUUACGACAACGAAGAGACACCAGAUCUCGAGCUUCCUGACGCUAACGAUCAUGUGGAGGAGUUCGACUUUGAUAACGAGCCUGAUGACGAGGUGGAAGACGAUGAAGACGAUGUUGAUGACAUGGACGACCUCGACGAGCUCAAAAACAUCAACCUGAACAAGCCGACCACGAACGGAGCUGCGGAUGUCAUCACCAUCUCGUCGGAUGACGAAAAGGAUUACAUUGCCUCAGAGUGGGCUCUGAGCUCCCGACCAUGGAAGAACAUGUCGGAAGAAGCGCGCAUCGUGUACGAGGGAAUGCUAUGUCAUAUGAUGGACCGACCAUUGUAUAACGACUGGUCCGUGACGGAAGACUACCAACGCGAAAAAGACAGAGAGAUGUUGCGCUACCUCGAAGACUUCCCCCUUCCUCAGUGGCUUACUCCGCAACCUGAGGCGAAAGAUGCACACGCCCAGCUUCUUGAGCGAGUGCGCUUGCGUACUCUUGGCGCUCGCAUAUAUCGCCAUCAAGUACAAGUUGGGAUCACUGAUUGGACUGGAAGGAGCCUUCAACCCCAUCACGGACCGUCUCCGUACGGCGCGGCAUAUCCACCCCACGGCCAGCGCGUUCCCUCCGGCACCACCGCAUCGGCCACAAUGCCACAGCCUGCUGGUCAUCAAUCCUUCGCAUACCAAGGUGCCGGAUACCCCAAUCAUACACCGGUCUACUCUCCUAGUGUACCGGUGCAUCUCGCAAAUACCCACGCGUCACUGCCUGCACAGAAAGCCAAGGGGAAAUAUCGAGCAAAGAAGACCGAACUGACGUCCGCAGAGCCGCAGGUGCGCAUGUAUGAUGCACCCACGCCUCCUUACGAGCCAAGAGCAAAGCCGACGGAGUAUAAAGGAACAAGCAGCAAACCAGCUCGUCGCACAUCGCGUAGACACGCGGAAGCCCAGGAAUUCCCAUGGAAUCGCGGUCUGAACUUUCCUCAAGCUCGAGCGAGCGCGAAAUGGGAUGAGAGUGGCUAUGAUCCGGCCACUUUGGCCAGUAUGGUCAUGACGCGUAAGCAAAACGGCCCCAUCCUCCAGCGUAUUGACAGGGAGGAGAUCGACAGACAGCGCUCAUCGCGUGCGGAGAAGAGGCAGUUAAAGGCCGAUGGCUCCGACGUUGAGAGGCGCAAGGGUGGACCCAAGAGAAGUUCAUCGGCCAACGGAGCCGAAGGUGGGCACAGCGAGCUAUACCACUCCGGCCAGUUCUGCUUCGCAACAGAUGACGACCAGGCGCGAGCCGAGGCCUUGUUCGGUGACAAGACCCCAGAUGCCAUCAUACUGGCGGCAGAGAAAGGCACUGUACUCCUCGACACAUGCAAAAAGCUCAUGAUCAGCUGGAAUCCGGGAAAGAGAGGCUAUGCCCAGGACCUCCAGCAGAUCGUGUUCAGCGUCAAAGACACGGUCAUAACCCGUCAGCAGCUCGCGCGUACGCCGAUCCUCACCCGUCGGGCUGCGGAAUGCAUCAUUGAUUUCUGCCCCGACAUUCUCUGGCGCGACAUUCUGCUGCGUAUCGUUUCCGAGGCCGGGUACGCAAACAAGCAUGUGCGCGACCGCAUGUGUGUCAACGGAAACUACUGCGACAAGGCGACCAUUACGAAGCGCAUUGGAUCAGCUUUGGGCCAGAAGCAACAGCAGUCGAUUUCGAAGGCGAGCAAGAAACAAGUUGACGGGCCUGCGGAUCCCGAGCUCGAGAAGAUCAAGGGGUAUGCGAAGAUGGAGGAAGAGUUCUACAAUCACAACAUUGAGGACUACAAAAACUACGCCGAGUGGUUCGGGAUGCGAACGAGCCACCGUAACAAGUUGGACAUCAGUCGUGCUGGGACCAAGCGCAAGGCAGCCGUACUUGCCGAGGACGGGGACGACGAUGGAAGUGCUGGCGACUCGCAUCAGCCGACCAGCGAGGCGAAUGAUUUCACAGAUCCUCUGAAUGGCACGGAAGGUGGUGAAGAUGAAGAGGUUGGAGGAAGCGGAGUGGAGAGUGUCGGUGGAGACGAUGCUGUGAGCGUACAGAGUGAUACUGUGCUGGAUGAGAUGGAUGAUGAUUGA